AUGUGCCAAAACCUCACGUUUCCAGGCUUACCCGGGCUAAUCGUGAAACCUUCCGUACUUCCCCCGCGGCUACGCAGCCAUAUUGGCAUUGAUCAUGGCACAACGUAUACUCGAGUGAGGGUGUACUCCCAAGACUGGCCCAAGGAGAUGCGCGCCGAUGUGGUCAAAGAAAGCCACAAGCAAACAGCCAAGCUUGACGCCACCUACGGUGUAGAGAGCCGUUAUGACACUUUUCCCGAUUUCCCGGCCUUCAUAUGCCCCGAGAGAGACCCACCUCUUUCUGGGUUUGAUGCAGAGUUGCAGGCCGAUCGCAUCCCCUUGAAGACCGCGGCUCUUCUUCUGGACCAAACAAGAGACGUGGAUACAAACAAACCUCGCCAAAGCCUGUUGGAGAAGAUACCAUGCGGAAAACAACUAUUAAAACACAAAUACGAAGAGAAGUUCCACAAGCUUAUCGAACGCCUGUGGAAAGAGCAUUUCAUCAACAUUCGAAAGCGGAUCGACGUACACUGCGAGUUCAAAUACCGUCCGAUUUCGCUCACUUUGUCCAUGCCCAACUGGAUGAAUGACGAGAAGGUCGACAAGAUCUACGAGUCCAUCAUUGCCGAUGUAUUCGGCGACAUCAUACCAGUCACGGCCAUCGAUUUCAUCGGCGAGGCGCAGGGCAUGGUUAGGUGCAUACACAAGGAGUUUAUUCAGGAGACAUCGCGCCUUUCCGUCGAAAUCGGCAACCGCCACCAUAUCCUGGUGAUCGACAUUGGAGGCAGCGCGAUGAACGGCACCUUGUGCCAAAUCGCGAGAGACGACAGUAGUGACAGCGCCGACGCCAUCACUCAUUGCGUCGAGGUCGACAGCUUUGGCUGCCCUGGUGGCAGUGAGCUGUGGCACAUGCAGAUCGGAGACGUCAUCGCCAACAAGGAAGGGUAUAAUGCCGCCAGCGAAGAGCUGCAGAAACUUAUGCAGCGGUUUCGUCAACUCCAGGGAAGCUACAAGGACCCGUCCAAGGCCAUCCUCGUCGACGUUAACGACCGCAACUACCACCUUUCGAACAAGCAAGCCAAAGAGUCUUGGAGCAAGUCUUUCAAAGACGCGACUGACAUGAUCGAGCGCAAGGUUGACGAAGCAGUAGAACGAGUUGGAGGUGCGGACCUGAUGAUCAUCUUUUCUGGCGGUUCCCUGAAGCUCGGAUAUCUCCAAAACCUGAUCAAAGGUUACAUGAAGGAGAAUUAUCCAAAAGUUCCUCUCAACUUUAUCCAGACCAGGGACGACGUCGAUAUUGCAGACAACACUGGCCUGAUUGCCCGUGGAUGCGCUUAUGCGAGGGCAUUCAAGAGACCUGUACUCGAGGUGCUUGACCGCAUGGCCCUUGGCGUACAGGCUGGCUCGCCCAUCAAGCAGGGAAGCAACGAGUGGCAUUGGUUGGGAGAUACCCUUGCGACGGGCGUCACAGGUUCGUGCACGCUCAACAGGCGCACCGCAAUCAAGAAGAUUGGACUCAAGAUCAUCGCGGAUCCUUUGUUCCAAAGCCUGCGUGCCGGGGACAAGAAACUCAACUUUCAAAAUUGCUACGACCUGUAUUCGGUCCCUGCGUCUGAUCUCGAGACCCCGGGCGAAUAUACAUUUAAAAUCUCUCGCGUCGCGCAUUCGCUUCUCGACGAAAGGCACAAACUCAAGCUGGACCUUGAUUGCACAUAUCUCGACAACUCCCAGGGCAUCGAGAUGCGCAAGUCUAGGAGCUACACGCUGCCAUUGUACUUCCACAUUGGCACCUGCUGCGUGCUUCCCAAGGAGGAUGAGAUCGAGAUGUCAGGUUGGACCUAUGGCUCGACACAGGCCCAGCCGAUCAAGAAGCUCGAUGAGGAGUCGAUUUUCAUUGAUGAUGAUAUCUAA